AUGAAUUCAUUCAAUGUUGCUGGUUCUUUGCCAAUCCACACUUUCCCAUCCCAAAUCUCCAUUGUGGACGCCUUUUUCCCCGGAUUUACCGCCAUCUCGGCCUCCAUACAACAGGUCCUAGCUGGAAACCUGAACAGCUAUGCUCACCUUCUGUGCUUCUGCGGCAUGCUCCUGUUCUUGGGUAGAUAUGCCGCCCGUUACUUGAUGGACUUGAUGGAGACCUAUUUCACUUCGACCGUCCACGUCUCCUACUACAACGAAGCGUACGAUAUGCUUAUCGCCUGGGUAUCCACGCAGCCCUUCGCCCAUAAGGCUCGCUCAUCUCUCGCCAGCAUUGGCGGCAUGCAAAGAAGAGCAUAUGCUGAUGAUCUUUCAAACGAGUACAAGAAAAAACCUUUGCGGUUUUCACCUUGGAAUGGAUCAUUCUUCUUCGUGUACAGGAAGCAUCUGCUCCGGUUCCAGUGCGUGGCAAAAGAGACGAAGGAGGAUAUCUCCAUCUCCUGCAUCGGCGGGUCGUCGCAAAUUCUGAGAGACCUCCUGAGUGAAUGCCGAGCCGACUAUCUAAAACUUCUCCAGAAAAAGACUACGGUCUUUGAGCAUCAUGACGGCGAAUGGAGGAAGGCGAAGGCAAGAGACAUCAGACCAAUAUCGACAGUCAUCAUGGAUGAGGACGAGAAAAAGGCCGUGCUGAAGGAUAUCGAGGGUUUCCUGGACGAGCGAGCCCGCGGCUGGUAUGCAAGGCGCGGGAUUCCCUAUCGAAGAGGGUUCCUGCUGUAUGGGCCUCCUGGAACCGGGAAGUCUAGUUUCAGCUUAUCUGUGGCCGGGCGUUUUGAACUGGAUAUCUAUGUUCUCAAUCUUUCGAGCAUCGACGACAGCCGCCUGAACAGUUUAUUUGCCCAGCUUCCCCCGCAUUGUGUCAUUCUUUUAGAAAAUAUCGAUGCUGCUAGCACGUCGCGUACGGAAGUCGGUGAAACGACAGAAAACGCCGGCCAGGGCGUGGCAGGUCCGUCGCAGAAGAGGAAGUCCCAGGGAAAUGUAUCUCUGUCCGCUCUUCUUAAUGCCCUGGACGGCGUAUCUUCGCAGGAAGGUCGAUUGCUGAUUAUGACGACAAAUCACAUCGAGCGUCUGGAUGACGCGCUCAUCCGCCCUGUCCGCGUGGACAGAAAGGUUUUGUUUCAGCUCGCUGAUGAGAAGAUGAGUUCUCGUCUUUUCUGCACGGUUUUCAAGCGGUCGGAUGAGGAUGACAGCAACCCAGAAAAGAAGACCGAUGCAGAAAAGAAGACAGAUGAUGAAACAAUCGACCGACUUGCGCGUGAGUUUGCCGCCAAGAUACCAGACCAUUUAUUUAGCCCGGCGGAGAUACUACUAUCGUUCCUCCUUGAACGCAAGCAGUCGCCUACCGACGCAGUGGCCCAUGCGGACAGCUGGGUUGCUAAAGCCAGCAAAGAAAGAGGAAAGCCGGAGAAUUAUGUCAGGGCACGCGCAAUUGCCAACCCCACUGACUCUUUCGAGGAUCUUGCGGAGAGUUCCCAGGCUCACAACGUGUGA